UGUGAUUUUUUGAAAUUUGUUUUCUGCGAUAUCCCAACAACAACAAAAAAUGUUCCCUAAGCCAAAAGUGAUUACAAUAUUCAACAUUCUGUUGGUGGUGGUGGCAAAAUUUUCCAAUGCAGAUGAUAAUAAUAAUCAAUGGAAACGUGAUGAUGAUCAAUGGUGGAAAUCAUAUGAAAUUACACGAAAUGAACGACAAGCAUUUCAACAACAAGAAGGACAAAUUGUACAAUUAAAUCAAUUUGAUGAUCAAGAUGAAGAACAUACUUUGGCUGAAGUGGUUGAUGAUAAACAACGACCACAAUUUAUUUCAAUACCAACCGGUCGUAUACAACAACCAUCACAAACACCAACGUUUGGUCAACGUAUUAGUAGUGGUGGUCAACCAAUAUCUUCAUUUACAACACAAACUAGACCUAGUCCAGCAGUUCCGCUUCCUGGUCCUGUGCGUCCAUCAUCAUUAGGAAAUCAAGAUGGUGGUAUUCUUUUGGUUGCUGUAAAUGAAAAUGAUGAACAGCAAUCAAAUAUACCAGCACCAGCUCCACGCCCAGUUCAGCCAUCUGGUCCAUCAUUUGGAUCUUUGCCAAGUCCAGGAUUACCAGCACCAGCUCCAAGACCAGUUCAACCAUCUGGACCAUCUUCCUUCGGAACAUUACCGGCACCAGCACCACGCCCAGUUCAACCAUCCGGACAAUCUUCCUUCGGAACGUUGCCAGGACCAGCCCCAAGACCAGUUCAGCCUUCUGGACCAUCUUCUUUCGGAACAUUACCGGCACCAGCUCCACGCCCAGCCCAGCCAUCCGGACAAUCUUCUUUUGGAACAUUGCCAGCACCAGCUCCUCGACCAGUUCAGCCAUCCGGUCCAUCUUCUUUCGGAACAUUGCCAGCACCAGCACCACGCCCAGUUCAACCAUCCGGACAAUCUACUUUUGGAACAUUGCCAGCACCAGCCCCAAGACCAGUUCAGCCAUCCGCACCAUCUUCUUUUGGAAGGUUGCCAGCGCCAGCUCCAAGACCAGUUCAACCAACCGGAUCAUCUUCUUCCGGAACUUUAACGCGCCCAGCCGUAUUUCCAUCACAAACAUUAACUCGCACACAAGCUCAAUUCAAUAUCGAACAACAAAAAGAUAUCAUUGAUGAAGAAGAGAGCCCUAUUCUUCUAAUCCAGCCAGCUGGUCCAUCAUCUUUUGGAACAUUGCCAGCACCAGCUUCACUACCAGCUCAGCCAUCGAGACCAUCAUUUGGUGCUUUGCCAAGCCCAGGAUUACCAGCACCAGCUCCACGCCCAGUUCAACCAUCAGGACCAUCAUCUUUUGGAACAUUACCGGCACCAGCCCCAAGACCAGUUCAGCCAUCUGGACCAUCUUCUUUCGGAACAUUGCCAGCACCAGCUCCACGCCCAGCUCAGCCAUCCGGUCCAUCAUCUUUCGGAACAUUGCCAGCACCAGCUCCAAGACCAGUUCAACCAUCCGGACAAUCUUCUUUUGGAACAUUACCGGCACCAGCCCCAAGACCAGCUCAACCAUCUGGUCCAUCAUCUUUCGGAACAUUGCCAGCACCAGCACCACGCCCAGCUCAGCCAUCCGGACCAUCUUCUUUCGGAACAUUGCCAGCACCAGCUCCAAGACCAGUUCAGCCUUCCGGUCCAUCAUCUUUUGGAACAUUACCGGCACCAAGACCAGUUCAACCAUCCGGACAAUCUUCUUUUGGAACAUUACCGGCACCAAGACCAGUUCAACCAUCAGGACCAUCUUCUUUCGGAACAUUACCGGCACCAGCUCCACGCCCAGCUCAGCCAUCCGGUCCAUCUUCUUUCGGAACAUUGCCAGCACCAGCCCCAAGACCAAUUCAACCAGCUAGACCUUCUUCGAUUGGAUCUCAAUCAAUACCUGCACAACCUUUAUCAUUACCCACAUUACCAUUAUCUUCUGGUGAAGAUUAUGGUGUAAAAGGUGGUAGUAGUAAAACAAAAGGACGUGGAUUUAAUCCAAAUUAUCCUCGAUUUAAUCCAAGACAAAAUCGUGAAAUAACUCAAUCUGCUUAAUCCACACACACACACACAAACAC